UUUGAAUUGUUCUAAAAUUUGUUUAUUCAAAUAUAUUAUCUCUAUCAACAAAAUAUUGAAAAAAAACUAGUAGCAAAAAAGAAGCAAUAUUUCAAUAUCUUAAUUGUUUAAUUUUUUUUUUACAUAAUGCAGUAAACAGAAUAGCAACAUAAAUAAAAUCAGCAAAGGCAUCAACUCUCACUCUCUAAUUCUCCAACUAACAGAGAUUCGCAGCAGAUCAAAUAGAUAGGAAAUUAUAUUUUAAAUAAAACAAUUGGGAGAGGAACAUUUGGCAAAGUUAAGUUAGGAGUUCACACGCUAACAAAUGAAAAAGUAGCUAUUAAGAUUUUAGAAAAAAGAAUGAUUUAAGGAGAUUAAGAUAUGUUAUCAGUAUAAAGCGAGAUUUCUAUUCUGAAAAGCGUUAAUCAUCCAAAUAUAAGCUAAUUAUACUAGAUUAUAGAAACUAAUGACUGCCUCUACUUGGUGCUAGAAUACGCUUAAAAUGGAGAGCUAUUUGAUUUUAUAGUUAGAAAAAGAAGGCUUACUGAAUAAGAAACGUGUUUGGUUUUUGCAUAAAUACUUAAUGCUUUAGAGUAUCUACACGAUUUAGGCAUUAGCCAUAGGGAUUUAAAACCAGAAAAUCUUUUAUUUGAUUAUAAAUAUGAGCUAAAACUUGUUGACUUUGGAUUAAGUAAAAUAUGUUAAGAGGCAGAUUAAUAAUUAUAUACAUGUUGUGGUUCUCCUUGUUAUGCUUCACCUGAAACAAUAUCUUCAUAGCCUUAUGUAGGAAGAUAUGUAGAUUUGUGGAGUUGUGGUAUCAUUUUGUUUGCAAUGCUUUGUGGAUAUCUUCCAUUUGACGAUGACAAUUAAGCCUCUCUAUUUGCAAAGAUUAUAAGCUGCGAAUAUUAUAUACCAACAGACAUUUCGCCAGAAGCCUCAUAUCUGAUUAGAGGAUUGCUCAAGAAAGAUCCAAACUAGCGUUUAUCUAUUAAAGAUAUAAAGAAUUCAGCUUUUUAUUAAAAUUAUAUGUAAGGCACAUAAGUUAAACCAGGAAUUAGACUUGGAAUUGAUUUUAUAUAUGUUGAUGAAGCUAUAAUUGAAAAAUUAUCUUUGUUUGGAAUUGAGCCAUCUUAAGCAAGAUAGAGCAUAAUUCAAAAUCACCACAAUUCAAUUACUGCAACAUAUUACUUGCUAAAAAUAAAAUUUUAAAGGAACUACAAGUAGUUAAAAAUAUCAAAAUAAAAAAAAGAAAAUAAUUAAUAAGAGUAAGCUAAUAAUGAUAGCUAAAAAGUUGAAUAGUAGAAAUAAUAGUAGUAGUAGCAGUAACUGUAACAGUAACAAUAAUAGUAAAUAGAAAUAACAAGUAGUCCUAAGUAGAAUAUCAUUUUUUCUAACAAUAGCCCUGAUUAAGAAAAGUUAAUCAAUCAAAAUAAUUAAUAAAAUAAUCAAAAGCAGCAAAAUCAAAAUUAAAAUUAAGGAGAACAAAACUUAAACUUGGGUGUCGCACACAAGCCAAUAAUUUCUUAAUAGUUUCAUGCUUCUCUUAAUCAAAGUAACUAAGAUAUAAAUAUUUAACAGUAUUCAUCUUCCUCUACUUAAAACUUGAGCGAAAGUAAAUCUCAGAAGCAAAAUUAAGAAAAAUAAAAAUAAAGAAUUAAAACAGAGCCUUAAUAAAACAAUUCUAAAAAUUAAUUUUAAAAAGUGGUUGCUAAAAAUAACUAAAUAGCCUUUCUUGAUUUAUAUUAAAAAUAAAUAGAAUUAAAUACUUCAAACGAAGAAUAUUACAAUGGUAGCGGAGUUUAAAAUAUGAGAAAUGCAUAUGUAAGUGCUUUAGGAAACUAUUAAAAUUAAUUACUACAAAUUUCAACCGAAUAGGAAUCUUAUAACUUAAAUCAGGUAGCUUAAAUUGCUAAUUUAUAAGCACAAUCUCCUUACAAUACUAAUUUAGCAUUAAUCAAAACAGUUUAAUUUCAAAAAAGUAAUGCUUAAAACUAGAAUCAGAUAGUUGCUAAUUCAGAAAAUAUUACCCCUAAAAAUAAUAAUAAUAAUAAUAAUAAUAAUAAAUAAAAAAAUUCUGAAAACAAACAACUAGAAGAUUUGCAAUAAAAUAACAACUAAAAUAGCUAUCAAGCUAAUUUAUAACAGUAGGCAUCUGGUAACUUAAUAUCUAAUAUACCAUUACACGUAUACCAUACAAAUAUUUAAUCGAAAAAGACUUCUUAAGUAGAUAUUUCAACACAGAAAUAUUUUAAAUACUCUCUUAAAAAAAGAAACUUAUGUAUAAACGAAUAUUCGGUUGACAAUGCUAAGAAUUAUGAUUAAACUCCUUCCCCUAAAGAUCCACCAAUUUUUUCUGUUUCAUAAGAUACAUUUUACUAAAAAGCUUAGCAAAUCUAAUAAACUAAGCAUUAAAAAGAUAUUUAAUAGCCAAAAGUUGGAAAUUAACUCAAAAAACACUCAGAACACAUUAAAAGUAAUGUCAUCAAUAAUAAUAGCAAUCAUAGUUUGUAAAAAUAAAUUUUUUAUUUGAAUGAAAGUGAUAAAAAAAUAGAGACAAUUAAGAAAAUUAUUGAUUCAGUCAGAAGUACCAAGAAUAGCUUUAAUCCACCUCAGUAAAUAACACCAAGGAUGAAAAUUUUUUCUAAAAUUUAAAACAGCAACAACAACACAAAUUAAAUACAUGAUAUUUUCUCAAAAAGAAAGAGUGUCCCUUUAUAUUUAAGUCCUUAAAAAGAAGAUGUAUUUUCCUCUUCAUAAAAUGAGGCAUAUAGAAAUAUUUUCUAAAAUAAUUAAAUGUAGUCAAAAUAAUAAUAAAUGAUUGAGGAAUCUAAACUCAAUUAAAAUAAUAUGAGUAAUUAGAAGUAAUUGUCAAACAAAAGUGUCAAAACCUAUAAAACUCUCAAUCCUUCUAUGGUUUGGUAGGCAAAUGAAAACUUACAAGUUAAAUCUACUAACAGUGAAAGAAAUCCUAUUGUUAAUUUAAAAUAAAAAAAUAGUUAACAGAACACAUCUUAAUCUCAAUCACAAUCUCUGUUAAAUUAAUAAAAAGAUAACCUUCUCUACUACCCUGACUUUGCAUAAAAUAUAAAUAAAAAAAGUAAUAAACUUUAGCUCAUAUUUAACAAUAGCAGUAACAAAUCUGAAUCUAAUGAAAAAAAACAGAUUAAUAAUAUUUAUUUUCAUCAUCAAAGUAACAACUGUUCUUCUCAUAUCCAGGCAUCUAAUCUAUAUUAAAGCAUAUAAACAAAGUAGAUAUAGUUGAAUUCUUCUUCAACCAAAGCAUGUAGUAGUUCUCAUUAGCUAUUUUAAUCAGAGAAAAAGCAGAAUUAAAAUAUUAAUAAAAAAAAAAAUUAAAUUAGCAACAUUUCUAAAACUUAAUCUUCAUCUUCAUAAUUGAUAGAAUAGUAAUAGUUUUAAAAUUAAGAACAAUUGGCAUAAAAUUUAAUUUAGAUGACUAGUUCUCAAUAUGCAAACCCAGAAAUAGCUAGCAAAUCAUAUAGCUUCCAAAAGUUAAACAUUUUAAAUCAUACAAAUUCAACAUGUGAAGAUGGAAGUGUUAUGGUAAUUUAGCCAAAUGAAUAGCUCAUGAAUUCUUAAAAAUAUAAUGAAGAUAUAAGACUGAAUACUUCAGAAGAAAAAUUAGUUAGUGUUUCAGUUCAUAAACAUCUAAAUUUACAAGAGUCAGUAAAGAGACCUCAAACAAAUUCCCAAGUUAGCAUUAAUCCAAAUAAAAAUGGGAUUGAUUAAUUAAAUAUUAUAUAAAAUUUUGAAAAAAGUUCACCAAAAAACAAUAACUACAGUUAAAUCGAAAACAGCUAAAAAACUAACAAUAAUAGCUAAAAAAUAUUAAGCUAAAAACAUUUAAAGGUGUUGAAUAAUUAACUUUAAAAUGGAAUGAGUUAAAUAAAUACUUAAUUAUUUAAAAAGUAUUUAACAUUAAAUACAAAUGAAAGUAAAAUGUUUCCUCAAUAACUACCUUAAUCAACUAAAAGUGUCUCUGGUUAACUUUAAUAACAAUAAUGGUAGAAUAAAACAUAACAGUAAUCUCCAAUACAUAAUAAUUUCUUUUAAGAAAAAAAACCAAAAAAGUAAUUAACAGCAUAAUAGAAAUAGCUACUAAUAAACAAUAAAACAUAGGUCUAAAAGCGUUUUUUAUUUGAUUAAUGA